AUGGCGUCUUCAACCUCCAAAGCCAUAGUAAAAGAUUUUCAACGAUGGCAUCUUCAACCUUCAACGUGUGAUCAAUUUAGCAAAUUACCAGACUCAAUUAUUAUCCACAUUCUUAGUUUUCUUCCAACAUUCGACGCUAUGUAUUGUGCCGGUUUCGUCUCAAAACGUUUUGCUUCUCUUAAACUCUCUCUUCCCUCCCUUGUUUUCCUAGACAAGGCCAUCCCAUCUUGUCAAGGCCAUAACUUAUGUCGUUACAUCAAUGAUAUCUUAGUUUUCCAAGAUCAUGAUAAUCUCCGUAGGUGUUGCUUCCAUCUUUAUUAUAAUGGUUAUUGCCCUAAUGAUCACGACCUUGAUACAUGGAUAAAAUUAACACUUCAUCGCAAAAAAGUUAGAGAGCUUGAAAUUUUAUUUGUCAGAUCAUCAUCAGAUUGUCGUUUUUAUUGUUUACCAAGAUUCUUGUUUAAGAACGAGAUUUUAACAAGUUUGAGUUUAAGUAGGGUUGGGUUUAACAACGUUGUUAAGGAGAUGCAUAUUCAUUGGAAGUCUUUGAAGAGUUUGUCAAUGACACAUAUAACAGAUUUAGAUGAUGAUAUGCUUGCAAAAAUAUUGGUAGGUUGUCCUAUAUUAGAGUUUUUAGAAUUGAAAUCUUGUAGAGGGAUAAAGAAGGUAGAUAUUGUCUCUAAAAGUUUGAAGGAAUUGGUGAUUUAUGAUUGUGUAUAUAGUAAUAAUAGGAAUCAACGUGGGAAAAUAUUGAGAGUUUCUGCUCCUUCACUUCGAGUUUUGGUUAUUUCUGGUUCUAAUCGUUUUAAUAAGUGUACAUUCGAGAAUUUGUCGUCGUUGGUUGAAGCAACUAUGUUUUUUGAAAGCUUUUGGCAUGAUGGUGAAUUUUAUGAUAGUUAUGGUGAUGAUGAUAAUGGUGAAGAUAGUUAUGAAUAUGAUAAUGUGAUAAAUUUCUUUGGAAGUGUUCAACAUGUCAAGAAACUCACUCUAUUAGGAACUUGGAAUCUCCAUGUUCAAUCUACGAAACCUUGGGCUUAUUCAUUCUCAAAUUGUAAGAGUUUAACGUUGGAUAUCAAUCUUAAGAAAUGGGAACUUCCUGCACUAGCAAUUAUGCUUCAGAGUUGCCCUGAGUUGGAGAGCUUGACAAUGGAUAUGACGACGCCGCAGUGGGAUAAGAUGGAUUGCGAAUGCCACAAAUUUGAUUUCGAAGGGAAGAACUUCUGGCAGUCAGAUCCCAGCUAUGUAAACUCGAGCUUACUUGGACAUCUGAAGACGGUGAAGAUCGUCGGCGCGGAACCGCUUAGAGGAGGCGAGCUAGUGGUGGAGUUUAUGCAGUUUAUCCUGAAACAUGCGAAGGUAUUGGAAAGAUUAUCCAUAUGUAUUGAUGAAAAGGCCGGGGCAGAGCAUGAAGAGGAAAGCUUAUUUCAACUGUCUAUAUUUCAUAUGCUGCUAAGCUUCCCAAGAUCCUCUAUAUUAGCUGUGAUUGAAGUGAUAUCUAGUCAACUUGAUAAGAGGCUCUCUUCUAGUUGUUAG